UAAACUUUUCUUUAUAUUUAGAUAAGCACUCAAGAUGAUUGUUGGUUUCAACUACAUUGCAAUGACAAUAACGGGAGCAAUGCAUUUGGCUCUUGGAAUAUUUUGUUUCAUUUGUUCAAUAAUCGCUUUUACAACAAAAGAAUAUUACAAAAUAUUUGUUGAUAUUUAUAGUGGUUAUCUUUAUAAUAAUAAUCUGGCUGUAAGGACUGCUGCUGGAUCAUUGAUUGCAAGUCUAUGGAUUCUUGCAGUUGGAGUAUUUGGAAUUAUUGCUGGUUUGAAGAAAAAUCCAGAACACAGAACUUAUUUAAUGAAAACCAUCUACAUGGUCCUUGCCAUUUUGUCGGCAUGUUUCUUUUCAAUUGGUGGAAUUGCUUGUUUUAGUAUUCACUCACUAUGGAUUUUACUAUAUGCUACAAAUAGUUUAUAUAUUCUUUUUAUUGUUGCUUCACUUGUUAUGACUCUGGAAUUUAUUUUGGCUAUUGUUUCUUCAUCAAUUUGCUGUUGCUGUUCAGAGACACGUGUUGCACAAACUAGUCGUAAUGUUGUUGUCAUGCAAUCCGGCCAGGCAUACGUUCCACCAGAAUAUGCACAUUAAACAUACCCAGACGUGAAUGCAAUGAAAUAAAAUUUACAUAUUUUGUUAAACUGAGAA